AUGUCUCAGUACUACAGGCAUCUCUUGGCUUUCAUCUUUGCCAUCGAUGAGAUAAACAGUAAUCCGGAUUUUUUACCCAAUGUGACUCUGGGAUACCAUGCACUCGAUUCCUGCGGAGAUGUGAAUAAGGCCAUAGAAAAUGUGUUACGGAUAUUAUCCGGACCCUCUAGGACUGUCCCCAAUUACUCCUGCAGGAGUCACGGCAAACUGGCUGGGGUUAUUGGAGAUCUGUCUUCAGAAACAUCCUUACAUAUCGCCAAUAUACUGAGCCUGUACGAUUACCCACAGAUCAGCUAUGGAGCGACAGAUCCUCUUCUAACAAACAAAAAGCUAUACCCAUUUUUCUUCCAAACCCUUCCGAGUGACCGAGUCCAGUUUAACGCCAUUGUGAAACUUCUCAAACAUUUUGGGUGGAACUGGGUGGGUAUCCUCGCUUCAGAUGACGAUGUCGGGGAGAGACAGACUCGAGUACUGAAGAACAUGGGUGAAAUCCAUGGUAUAUGCUUUGAGUUCACACUAAAGAUACCUCCAAGAGACUCCAAUGAAAGAAUGCAAAAAAUUUUAAGAAGAAUUCAUUUCAUGGAUUACACCGGGGAGGAAAUCUACUUUAAUGAGAAUGGAGAGAUGGCGACUGUCUAUCACAUUAAUAAUUACUUGGCAUGUUCCAACCAUAGCAUCUUAGAAGAACAUGUGGGGACCUUCAAUGUAUCGGCUCCAGAAGGGAAGCAACUUGGCAUUAAUAGGAGCCUCAUAACAUGGAAACAUCACUCCAGGGAGAUUCUUCGCUCUCGAUGUUCUGAAGAUUGUCCUCCUGGCUAUAGACGGAUUUUGCACAAAGGAAAGCACACCUGCUGCUUUGACUGCGUCUCCUGCUCGGAAGGAGCGAUCUCCAACACAACAGAUGGAGAAUCUUGCGAAAAAUGUCCUGAAGACCAACAUCCUAAUGAGAAGAAGGAUAAAUGCGUUCCAAAACCCAUUGAAUUCUUGUCCUACAAAGAGGAUUCAGUUGCGUCAGUAUUUGGCUCUAUAUCAGUUUUCAUGUCUGUCAUAGCCUCCGUUAUUUUGGGGAUAUUUAUUUUAUACCAGGACACCCCCAUUGUCAGAGCUAAUAAUCAGAACCUCAGCUUCCUGCUCCUGGUCUGCCUCAUCCUGAGCUUCCUCUGUGUGUUUCUGUUCCUCGGUCGUCCUGAGGAUGUAACCUGCAUGCUGCGACAAACUGCUUUUGGGAUCCUCUUCUCGGUAGCUGUGUCUUCUCUGUUGGCCAAGACCAUCAUGGUCUGCAUCGCUUUCAAAGCCACCAAACCCGGCAGCACUUGGAUGAAAUGGAUGGGAAUCAAAAUACCAAACUGUGUGGUGUUUGUCUGCUCAUUUAUUCAGGUAGUCAUUUGCAUCUGCUGGUUGUCUAUUUCCCCUCCGUACCAGGAAAUGAACACUCACUCCUCUCCUGGAAAGAUCAUUAUUCAGUGUAAUGAGGGGUCAGUGGUUGCCUUUUACACUGUUCUGGGGUACAUGGGCUUCCUGGCCGCUGUGAGUUUCGUUGUCGCUUUCCUGGCCAGAAAAUUACCGGACAGUUUUAAUGAAGCCAAGUUCAUCACCUUCAGCAUGCUGAUCUUCUGUAACGUCUGGAUCUCUUUUAUCCCGGCUUAUAUGAGCGUUACGGGGAAAAACUCCGUCAUCGUUGAGAUUUUUGCUAUAUUAGCUUCUAGCGCUGGAAUUCUAUGCUGUAUAUUUUUUCCAAAAUGUUAUAUAAUUUUGAUGAAACCGAGCAUGAACACAAAGAGACAUUUACUAAAAGCAGGGUUGUAGAAUGGGGCAUGUAUCUGACAUUGUUAAGGUCAAUAUGGACGAUAACCAGCCUGUGAAUGGAUCUGAAGGUAUUUGG